AUGUUUCGUCGUGGAAAAUUAUCAUUUCUCAAUACAAAAGAUGAUCGUAUAAAAAUCAUCAAUGAGCGAAUCAAUUUAACCGAAAAACAUUUAAUGGAAAUGUGUUCGACAUUUUCGUCCUGCACAAGGAAAAUGGCAAAAUUUCGUGAUUCAUAUGAUGAAUUAUCGAAAAGUCUCAAACAUUAUGCCGAUGAAGAGGAAAUCAAUGAAAGUCUAACGGAAGGUUUGAAAAAUAUGACAAAUGCUGUGACAAUAAUGGCGGAUUAUAUGGAUCUGAAUGUACAUCGCAUGGAAAUAAAGAUAGUCAACGAAAUGGCCCAAUUUGAAACAUUGUGUAAAACAACCCGAGACAAUUUACGUACAGCUGUCAUAGCUCGGGACAAGGAAGUACUAAAACAACGGCAAAUGCUGGAUCUCAAAUCCAAAUUCUCUGCCAAUAAUUCCGCUGCCGAUUCCGAAUUACUCAAGGCCAAAAUGGAAGUAAAUCGUACGAACAAAGAAAUCGAUGAAGUGAUAAGUAAUUUUGAAAAACGUAAACUCAACGAUCUGAAACAGAUACUAACCGAUUUCAUAUUGAUUGCAAUGAAAUAUCAUACCAAAUCGUUGGAAGCUUUAACCGCAAGUUAUUAUGAUGUCACCAAUAUUGAUGAACGUGGUGAUUUUAUAGAAUUUCAAAAAUUAAUGAAAACGAAAAAUGAGGCACAGGAAAAGAAAGCGGGAAAAAAUAAGAAGGCAAAUAGUUUACGUUCACAAUCAAUGGAAAGUUUAGAUAGAGAUCAACUGUUGAGUCCCCUGAAGAGGAAGGGAAGGAUGUCCAAAUCGACGAAAAAUUUAAAUGAAACUAAAACAGAUGAUGAUGAUGAUGAGGACGACGAUGAUGAGGAUGAUGAUGACGACGAGGAAGAUGAUGAGGACAACAGCGCCAGAUCGAAAUCCGAUGACGAAUCCAACACUGAAGCCGAUGAAGAUGUGGGCGAUGCCGUGUCUGAUGAUUCUGCCUCAGAUAUAAAGGCAAAUAGCAAAUUUAAUUAUAAGAAACCCCUAGCAAAGCCACAAGUUAAACAUCCCUUCAAAGCUGUGGCAGCCACACAUGUAAGGUUGCAAAAGCAAAUGCAUGUCCAGUAUUAA